GCAUUCAGAAAACAACUUCCUUUACAUUGGUAGUACCAGAAAUGGUCCGGUCUUCAUUCAGGGAAACUUGCCUACCAGUCCAAUUAACGGUAAUACUUCACGCUGGGAGUUUACGGCAAUUUUUUUCGAACCGGUUGAGAAUAUUGAGCGACAUUAGUUUUUUGGAUUUCAAUUCUUGAUCUUGUCUAUCUAUCUGGUAUUGGCAAGGUCAGUGCCAGAAUUCAAAUGGAUAUUUCCCCGUGAGAUAACUUAAACGAUGAUUCAAGACCAAUGACAAUUGAUAUGAUCCUGUUUGCAUGGAUUCCUCUUUAGCUUCUCAUGUGCCUUUGUCAGGGAAGAGCCCCCAGCUGAGGUUCAAGAAGCCUGAAGAGACGGAACAGUGGUUGUUAUCAAGAGAGAAGACGGACUACACUUACUCAAGGAGUGCAAGUUACUCAUCGUCGUUAAGCCAAACUGGGUCAUUGCGAAGGCUUGCCAACUCUUACGAUACUCCAAUCAUGUCUAGGAAUGGUCAAGAUGAAAGUGAGCUCCUACCCCAGACACCGCACUCCACGCAACCAAGUCACAGAUACGCAACAAGAUCAUCUGCGAGACGAAGCAAUAGACUUGCUGGACAACAUGAAGGACAAUAUGAGAAUACACCAACACGUGGAAGAUCAAAAUCAAGGACAAGGCAGGUCCCGAAGACCGCAAUGCAUAUGUUUUCUGAUGAGAUGCAGGAUAGUAAUGUAAAUGGAGAAACUUAUAGCAGUAUUCAUGAAACAAGUAUUUCGGAUCGCUCUGGUGUGAUAUCGGAUACUAGUCAUAGGGGAAUGAUGACACGGAACAAUCAGAAGAACAGGAGCUUGCAUAUGUAUGGUCUGGAUGGUAAUGAGAGUGAUUAUUCUGAGAGUGAUAUUAUCUCAGGUGGUACAAGCACAACUACCAUCACCACCAUCACAACAACCACAUCUACAACUUGGCUGCAGCAGCAAGGAAACCGUUACCACAAGCAAAUGGGAGUCUUCCCAGUGUUCAUGAGUUCACUUAUCUCAGUAUUAGUUGUCAUAGAAACUAUUGUGAGAACAGUGGUUUCCAAGACAAUUACAGUUGUCAAGUCAUCGUCAUCAAGCUUUAGGUCAAAGCUGUCAUCAGCAGGGUAUUCAUUAUGGGAUCUGUUGCUGUGGUUAUUGUCAUGUUUGUGGAUGUUAGGGCGAAAGGUAGCCGGGGCAUCUAGGUCAUUAUGGUAUAAUCCUUGGUUCUAUAGCUUUAGAAGAGCACCCAUCACCACCUUGCAACAUGGUCCACAGUAUCGCACUGAGAGUGAGAUGUAUGCAACAGGUGGUGAUUACACAGAAACAACUACCACCACUACCACAACAACUAUAUUGGAAGAAGAAGAGAGAAGGAGAAGAAGGGGCAUCCCAUUAUGUUGCUUUUGUCUUCCUUUACUGCUUUUGCUGUUGGUCGCAUCGGCAGCCACCAGCAGAUACUUCUUAUUCCCGCUAAUAGCAAGAAAUGAAACCAAUGAAACAAAGGGAGAGUCCUCUCUACAUCCAAUCAACCAGCAGUUCAUCUCCUUACAAGAGAGGAUCAAUUAUUGGUUCACCCCAUCCUCAAAUUCUGACCAAGAGCCGCCAAACCAAGGGGCUUUUGUUGCUAUGGCAGGGGUAGAAGGAUGUAUCAAGUGCCUAAAACAAGAUCAGUUGAUGGGUUGGAUUGAUUCAGCUGUAAAGAGAGAGGUUGCAGAGCUUCGCAUGCAGCUUAACAGCCAGAAAGAUAAAAUUGUUCUACUUCAAGAGCUUCGAGGCAGGCAAUCUAAGGAGAUUCAAGCCCUUCAAACACAACUCACCGAUACUAUAGCAAUCAACUCAGCUUCUGCACCAAACAAAGCCACAAUAGAUCUCAUUAGCUCAUUGGAAUCACAGAUUUCAGAUCUAAAGGCAGGUUUACGGAUGUUACAACUCAAGGUUGACUCUUCUGCUACAGAGCAGACAGACAAUUUGUCCCCUGCGACAAUCAGUCUACGCAAAGACUUCACAACUUUGACAGGCAGCUUAGCGGAACUCAGAGGAUCCUUGCAGCGAUUACAUACCAAGUGUUUAGCAGACGCUGAACUGGCAAAGUCAUCAAAUCGUCAAUGCAGAGGCGAUAUCAGUUCACUGAAUGCAAACAUGCUCACACUCUCUCAGAAAAUUGCAGAAGUCCAAAGCCUUGAACUGACUUUAGUACAAGUUAAGAGAGAGAUGGAAACCUUUUCGCAAACUGAUGGCCACCAUUCCAUGCAGCUCUCGUCGGUGGUAGAAAAUAUUAACUCUGUAGAAGCAAGUCUUACGGCGAUCCGCAAGGAAAUGCGUGACAUUGAGCUUAAUACAACAGACGCUGCAUCACACAGUGGGACGUCUGCAAGCCAUCUGUCUGCUUUGUAUGAGGACAUGUCAGUGCUGAGGCAGGAUAUGACAGAUAUGAAGAUGAAACAUGUUGGUUAUGAAGGUUCUAUAGAAGGUUUGGCUAACAAGCAUACAUCUCUGUUGAAUGCUGCAAAGGUAACAGAGACUGACCUCUCUGAGCUGAGAACAGCAGUCAACCAACUGAUGUCUACCGAUAUGAACAGUAUUUUGGAACGGUUGAGUCAGCUCCAAACUAGACUGAAUGGGCUGGAGAAAGACAGUAGCCAGCUACAGCUCAAUUUGAACACAUGGCAGGCAUCUAGAACAGUGGUCCAAGGUGAAAAAGAUUCAACAGUCAAUACAGAGGCCAUCAACAUCCUCCAGGCAAAUCUCAAUAAACUUGGCUCUCAGUUUGCCAGUUUACAAACUGACAUUGCCAGCAUCCAACUUAAGGUCACAGAACUGAAAACAUCUAUGUCGCAGACUACUCAGACAGCAGAUAUCCACUCUGCUAAGCUGUUAGCUUUGAGCAAGAGCAUGAGUGCCUUAGAGAAAAGUUUGAAUGGAUCGGUGGUGAUGCUUUCAGAAGCCGAAGGUGCUUCUCAUUCGUUGAUCAGCAUUAGGGACAUGAACGUCCUCAAAGAAGAAAUGGAUGCAGUGCAUGUGGCCAUUGGCAAACUUAAGAAUGAUCUUGCAGGAGAGACUGCUUCAGGUAUCACCAUCAUCAAAUCUGAAUUAACCUCAUUGUCAGGCCAGCUAGAACACCUUGAAGGUAGACUUGAUGAAGUCAAACUUGAGGCAUCAUUGGCUAACCUUGAUGGAGCCGUUAAAGAUGUAACGCAGGGCCAGGUCAGUCUACAGAACGAUGUCGUUAGACUUCAGUUCAACACAGACUUGAUCAAAAAGCAGACCUCAAGAGCCAAUGGUGAUGCUAUCCAACUGAGUGUGCUAGAAACUAGAUUGAAUGACCUUGCCACAUCUAUUCAAGUCUUGCAGAGUAGCAGAUCAUCUGCUGCUGGCGCUGCCACAGGAAGCACCUGUUCACAGAACAUAGAUUUCAUGAAGGGAGAUAUCAUUGCCUUACGCCAGACCCUUAGUGAUAUCAAUGCCAUCUUGUUUGCGCAAGACAGCUCCGACAAAUCCACGUCUUCCUUCCUAGCUUCCAUCCAGGAUAGACUUGGUGCACUUGAUGCUGCUUUGGCAGCUCUGAAGAUCUCUCAAGAUUCAAGGAGUGAUGAUCUUGCAGCUGCUGUUGCAGGACUACAGAUGGAGAUGGACAAACUGGGGCUUGGACUGGAAAGACUUGAUGCUGCCCAAAAAGAGAGCAGUGGGGGUAUCGGUGUUGCUGCUGGAUUAGCAGGUGCUUCCCUUGGAGGGGCUGCAUAUGAUGAUGAUAUCUCUAAGCUCAAGGCGAAUGUAUCUCAGCUACAGCAGCAGUAUGCCCAUCUAGAAGUAGAUGUCAUCAACUGCUGUAAGAACAAGACAGGGGCAGCUGGAAUGCCAUGGUUCUUUCCCUUCAUAUCGACCGGUGGAAGCGGAGAAGCAGGAGGUACUGCUGCUGCUGGAGGGAGCUUGGAUGAAGCACGUGUGAAGAGCAUCGUUAUCAACGCAUUGGACAUGUACAACGCUGAUAAGACUGGGAUGGUAGACUAUGCUCUCGAGUCUGCCGGAGGAAGCAUCAUCAGCAUCAGGUGCUCGGAGACCUACGCCUUCAAGACCGCCCUCUUUAGUCUGUUUGGGAUACCUCUGUGGUAUCUGAGUAAUUCACCAAGGACAGUCAUUCAGCCUGAUGUACACCCAGGUAACUGUUGGGCUUUCAAAGGGACACAAGGCUAUAUUGUAAUCCAGUUAGCAAGUACCAUUAAACCUACAGCAUUCUCCAUGGAACAUAUACCUAAAGCCUUAGAUCCUGCCGGAGUCAUUGAUAGCGCUCCAAAGAACUUUACAGUUUGGGGAUUACGUGACGAGUAUGAUCAUGAUGGCUAUCUACUCGGAUCCUAUGUGUAUGACGUCGAUGGUAGUCCUCUUCAGUUCUUCCCUGUGCAGAACAAAGAUUCAGGCCCAAUACCGUUCAUCGAGCUGAAGAUAGGGAGUAACCAUGGCAACAUGGAGUAUACAUGUUUGUAUCGAUUCAGAGUGCAUGGUGUGCUUCACAGAUGAUGAUGUCUCCGCCUCAGUUUCAUCCCAUCUUCCAUUCUGAUUGUGUUUCAUCCAUGACGUAAUCCACGUCAGUGUAUUGAAUGUUAUCUCCACAUUUAUGUUAUGUGAUCGAGUAUUCGCAAACUUCCAAGAAGUUUUGAUUAUCGGUAGAUAUGUGUAGGUCAGGAAUACAUGUACAUUAAUGAAAAGGUGGAACAAAAUGUUAUGUCUAUGCAGGAAAAAAAAACAACCUGCAAAUCAAACAGACAGUAAAGAAGUGAGUCUUGCCAAUUAUUUUUAGAUGUGUACAUCAAAGUGAAGUCUAGGAGGACCUUGUCUUAAUACAAAGAGUUUUUAUUGAUCUGAUCAAUCUUAAUUUUGGAAAACUACUUAACGAAAUCAGUGACACUGUCAUCUCUUGAGAUCACUUUGGUUGGACCCUUGCGUUCUAGAUGAUGAAUGAUGGUGUUAUUGGCUUUCCAUAUUUGAGAUUGAUUUGAAUUUGUCAACACAGACAGGUCCAUUGUAAAUCAAAUAUGCCACUGAUGUGCUGUGGUUCAAAUACACUAACUGUAAAUUGACAGCUUGUUCAUGAAAAUCCAUUUCUCGAGCCUCAAAAGAUGUGCUUUUCACUGUAGUUGUCCACAGUAACUAAAUACUUUGUUCUCACAAUUUCAGUCCUUGGUUUUGUUUUGGCUGAGAUGCACAUGGAAGUGUUUCAUGAAAAGUUUUGUCAGUAAGUUUCACUGAUAGAUGUUAUAAUCUACUGGAAUCCCUUGCAUCUUAUUGGGUGAGAGCAAAUUAAUCUGUGAAAAUCAGGACAAAACUCUUCAUGAAGCACUCCUGUGGUUGGAGAAAAGACAACUCAUCUGUAGGGACUGUCUUUAUGAAACUGUACCCUGAAUACAUUGUAAAUAAGUGUGUGAUUAUCUGUAAUCAGAAAUUGAACAUUUGUAAAAAUAAUGUAUUCUAUGAAGAAUUUCAUCUAAAAAUUCAAAUCGCUCGAUACUUAAAUUGUGUGUAAUCACACUCUGCGCCUCCAAUGCAACUUCACUGUAGCUGAUACAUGGCCAAUAACCUUUUAAAAGUAGUUUGGAAACAAAUAAAAAAAAUAUUACACAACAGUUACACCUUCCCACAAACAAGUUUGGAAUAACAGAUUUAUUGAAGUACUAUCUGUCUUUUUUUUUUAGAUAUGAAAAAAUAUUUUGGCACAAAGAAAAUGUUCUUGAAUUUUUGCUGGUAGAAUAUUCUUCUAGCCCUAAUCAAUUUUUACCAGGUAUUUGUAUGCUGUUGUGGCGAUAUGAUCGGCAUAUGGAUGACUUUAAAUGCUGUGCUUGUUAAUACAUGUUAUAAUAAUCAUUAACAAGUAUUGUUGAUAUUCAUAUUAGAAUUUGCCUAUGCUCACACCUUAUGUUUAUGCAUGUAGAAAUACCAACUCAAGGAUUUCCACCCCCUCCCCCCCCCCCGAUCAAUUUUUUUUACCCUCAAGAGAAAUACAUCUUCAUCAAGUAACUUCUGUAUCAACAGAUUACUUUCAUUUUCAUAAUUUACCCCCACCCCUUUAUUUCAGUGGCCCCAUUUGUUUCUUUUGAUGUGCUCGUAAUAUAUUUUAUGCGAGAAUCUCUUCAUUACAUUCAUGAUACCACCUUACAAAUUACAAAAGAAAAGAGUACAUUCUGUUGCAAGCAUUAAAAAACUUUUUUUUCCAAGACGGGUCUGCAGCUAUGCAAAGGAUACAUAUGUAAAUACAUUGUACAUUUUAACAAUACACAACACAUUAAUGUAAAUAUGAACUUUGCAAUAUGUAUAUUUCUUGUAAAUAGUAUUAUUGAUUUGAUAUUUUCCAUUGAUCUUGUCAGGAACCAAAAGUGUAAAUAAAACAUUGCAUGCAGUAAGGUUUUUUUUCACGUUGAUAAUACAACUCAUCAGAUAUGUCAUUAAGCCGUAUCACUUUACAAAUGAAUGGGAUUGGAACUGUGUCUGCUAUUAAAGUUUUGAUAAAUAUUUAUGUUUAUUAUCGUUUACAUUAUUUUCCCACUUGAAGUACAAAUUUUUGCCAAUUUAAUUAUCUCUUGUUAGAAUUGAAAUAUAUCUUGAAAAUUCUGACAUUUCAUAUUUAAGUCAUUUGCAAAGUGAUUCCUGGCGUUAUGAACUGCUCCCCAGCUGAAGUAACUAUAGGAAGAGCUCACGGUUUUUUACUGAAAUGUACAUUGUAGUUUACGCAAGCAAAAUAUUCAAAGCUUUUUGCACAAAUUACUGUGCUAUGUGUUUGUAUUUAAUAAAAGCAUAUUGUACCCAUUUCAGUAAAUUUACAUUUCCCUCAAUCCCAUGGCUGAAUUGAACAUUUUCCUGUUUAUUAUAUCUUUGCAUAUUUUUAAUGAGUUGGUAAAAAAGAUUUAGGCUAAAUUUGUAUGCUUUAUUUUAGAUUCUUGAGAAUUUUUGCAACAUGAACUCCAGUUGUUUUGUCUGCCAUUUUUCUGUGAAGCCAUCAUUAACCACUAUUGCCUGUUUGAAAAGUUGCUCAAUAUGUAUUAGAAUGAUGAAAGAUCUGUGAUAAGCUUCCACUUAUGUUUAAUAGUGUUCAAAUGAAAAUAUUUAUUUCUCAAUUUUUGGCUGAAAUAGAGACAUUUGUGCAAAAUGUUUAUAUUUAAGUGAAAUCCAAGUACAUCAACAUCAUUUAAAUGAGGACUUCCUUUUGUGUAAAAUCACUAUAUUUUCAUCAAAUUUACUUAUAUAGAUAUUUUCGAUCAAAUCUUGCCUGUGCCAAAUAGAGGUCUUUUUGAUAAAUCUAUUUAUGAGGAAUGUAGUAGAAUUAAAUGAUUAAAAAAUCAUAUGUGUACAGAUUGUAAUUUAUGACAUUGUAAAUGCAUGUUUAUAUAGAUUUUUGUUGAACUAAUGUUUGUCUUAAUAACAGAACAGAUUCAAAUUUAUUAUUUUUGUGUGCUACCUUUUUGGUUGCGUUUAUGUUGGGUAUGUAGAAAGGAAUGUAGUUCAUUUUGGUUCAUAGCUUAUGUAUAUUUUGCCCUCUUUGAUUUGUUGUUGUUGUAAUAUAGUGCACAUUAAUUGAAAAAUUAUAUUAUUUUGUGUAAAUUUAGAGUAGUAUCACACAUUUCUUUUGCAAUGAAAAACUUCUGCAUGUUUCGGUCUUCAACUUUAGGUGCAAUUUCAAGGGAAAUAUGGAUAGAACUCAUCAUAUACAUGUACAAAUAUAGAGCUUGCCAUUGGGCAUUAUUGAAAUAAUAUGCAUGGAAGUUUGAUUUUUGGUCAGAUCAUUUUUUUCCAUUUGUUGAUGAUGAUAUUCAAUAUGAAUCUGUUUACUUAGGGGAUAACCAAAGAUUACUGAAUUAACAUGAAAGUGUAUUUUGUAUUAGACAGUCUCCUCCAAAUUCUGUUUCUAUUUCACUUCCCUUGCAUCAGUUAUACCAUAUUAUUCUUGGUACCUCUUGUAUGAAGUAGUCUUCUUCACACAUAUUUAGCACAACUGAAGUUUUCUUUUUCACCAAUUCCUAGCAUUUCAUUGGCAGAAUUUACAAAGCUGGGUUAAUUUUAAUCAUUGAGAUACAUUCAGAACUUGUGUAAAAAUGUGUUUUACAGAUAUGUGUAGCAGACCUGCCAACCAGUACGUUUUUUUCAAAAUCGUAAUUUAUUGAGAAAAAUCAUCUCUAUAUGUCUCUAUUUCAUAAAACGUACACAAAUAUGGUUAUUAGAUCAAUGUAAUUUCAGGUAACUUGUUUUUUUUUUCCAAUCAUUUUGUAAAAACCAGGGUGAGAUAUACACAAGUUUCAAUGGUUUUUUUUUUAAUCUGCAAGAGCAGUGCGCAUUUUAGCUUGCAUGCAGCUUGAGCGCCGUGAUGGGCGAGUGCGCCAAGCAUUUUAUUAUGAAAUACACUUUUUUGGGGGGAAUACAGUUUUUUGUAUCACAGAAUACAGUUUUUCAUUCCCAGAGGUUGGCAGGUCUGGUGUAGUUAGUUACCCUUUGAGUCUAUAUCCAAGAUCAGCAUAAUGUGAAAUAUCACCUUUUCUCCUUGUUCAUACUUUUUUUUAGCACUUUGGACUGUGAUGCUCUCAUCAUCUUUGCUUUUCACUAAACCUUACUCUUCAACGAUAUCUUAUGAAAUGAAAUAGGUGCAACUACUUUUACCAGUUAGAAGGAUCUGUAAUAUAGUUGUUCUGCAUUCAAAUUCUUGCAAAGUCAAAUACAUAUCUAUUUGCAAUUUAGUGAUUAAGAGAAAUUCAGCUUGCCAGUGAAAUAUUUUUAAUAGUGUAUUAGGCAUUCCAUGAACUCACAUACAUGUGGGGAAAGAGGUUAAAUUAGAAAGGCUUGAAUGUACUAGUGUCAGGCUUAUAGUUCUUUAAGGUUGACAAUCUGCACUUAGAGAAUAACACUUUGUAUUUUUAACACUUGUAGGUAUCUAAUAAAUAUGAAGUUGAAAAUAUAGAAAU